CUUUCUCAAACGGAGCCCUAGAGGAAGCUGCUUGUCUUCUUCACAUUUUCUCUCUCGUUUGUCGGAUUUAACCCUUCGGGGUCUUCCGGAUACAAUCUCGAAUCAGAAUCGGAGAGUACUAUUCUUUUGUCUUCACGAAGUUUCUGGGAUUUCUUUACGUGGGAGGUUGAAUUGGUUGAGAUCGCCGAUUCCGAGGUGUGAAGUUGAGUUUUUGAUUUUUUAGGUUAGGAUGUGUCCGAAAGGGGUUUUCUGAUGGAGCUGAGUUUGGUUUGUUUCUGGGAGAAUUAUUGUUUUGCUUGGUGACGAUUGAUUAGAUGUUGGAAAUGGAAGCAAUUUCUUAUUUCAAUUCAUUUUGCGCGUACUGUUCUUGCUGUACUUGGUUGUUUGGAGAUAAGAAAUAUUUCAUUUUGGCCCAGAGAAAUGGCACUCAGUUUGGAGAAUGUUAAGCAUAGUCCUGGAUAAGAUUCAUCUCAUACGACGGCCACUCACGAUUUGGUCUACUGAUAUCUGUACUGCCUGAGGACGGUGACUUGGUUUCCUUUCUGCUGUCUUGUUCUACUUUGGCUCAAGUCUCAAUCAAAUUAGUUGCUGCUUUGUGGAGGCAUCACAUUUUUUAGGGUUUGUGUUGAUAUAUUUUGACAUUUUAAGAUGCCAAAGGAGAGGAGAGAUCGUUCUGUCUCUUAUGAUAGGUAUAGGGCAUCUCCUUUCCCUUGCAGCUCCAGCCAUACCCGGCGAUCUUCUCCGAGGAUCCCUUCAGACACUGAGGAAAAUGUGAAGGAAUGGGAAGAAGUUCGCUGCCCUGUCUGCAUGGAACAUCCUCAUAAUGCAGUUCUCCUCAUAUGUUCAUCCCAUGAAAAGGGCUGCCGUCCAUACAUGUGUGACACAAGCUAUCGUCACUCCAAUUGUCUUGACCAGUUCUGCAAAUCGUUUACUGAAACUUCAUCGUCACUGGUCCAGCAGGUAGAAACUAGGCUUCCAGCCACGCCUGCUGUUGCUUCUGAAGCAACAGUCAAUGAUUUGCAAGAAGAUAGAAAUGAAGAAGGACCCUCCGUUCCCAAUACAGUUUCUUGUGAGAACCUGUUGAAGCAAAAGUUAGUGUGCCCUCUGUGUCGUGGGCAGAUUAAAGAUUGGGUUGUUGUGGAUGCUGCCCGUCGUUUUAUGAAUGCCAAAUCAAGAAGCUGUUCCUGCGAGACAUGCAAUUUCAGUGGAACUUAUACUGAUCUGAGGAAGCAUGCUAGGGUUGACCACCCCACUGCAAGACCAUCAGAGGCUGACCCAGAAAGGCAACGUAACUGGCGAAGGAUGGAGCGCCAGAGGGACCUUGGGGACUUGCUCAGCACCCUGCAAUCUUCGUUUGGGGAAGAAAGGGGUGAUGAUAGCAUUUUGCCUAUUGACGAUGGCGGGUGGCUCACUGUCUUUUUCCUUAUUCGAGUUUUUCGUCCAGGAUCCAGUCCAAGGAGCUUCUCUUGA